AUGACAACAACGCGACCUUCAAACGGUUCCUCAUUUCCCGACAAAAUGAGCAGCCCAAUUUUUCCUCCAAUGUCUCAUGUCACUGCGAAUGGUAUUAGACCUCCAUCGUUUCCACCUAAUUCUGCUCCAAUCUUUCCACCCAAUAUUCAAUCUUCAGCAAAUGUGCACAGUGCAAAAAUAAAUACAACAUCCUCACCGGCCAGCAACUCUACUACGAACUCAAACCCAACUCCUCCUAUUCCAAAUGCACACAAUACAAAUGUUAACCCAACUUCAUCGCCUCAAUCACUCAAUAAUUUCAAUACAAAUUCGAAUCCAACAUCACCCUUACCAAGUGUGUCGAAUAUCAAUGGAAAUUUAACACCAUCACUGACUAGCGCGUUCAGUGCAAAUCAUACAGCAACUCCACCACCUCUGCAACCACAACCAACAUCGCCACCAUUCGGUUCGCAAGCAAAUCCAACACCGCCUUUACCUAAUGUGAAUUCUACGAAUACAAGUGCAACGUUGCCGGUAUCAAAUACAAACAAUACUUACGUCAAUUCACCUUUACCACAAUCAAACAUGGUCAAUACGAAUUUCAAUCCAAUAGGCUCAGGCACUAGUGCUUUCACUCCAAAUGUGAACUCAAGUGCACCAUUACCAGCAGUGUUUAAUACAUUUAAUACGCACACAAACACUGCUCCACAACUGCCGAAUCUUUAUAACAUUAAUUCACAUUCAACUGCGCCAAUUCCCAGUGCCCAUCAACAUCCUGCCAAUCCAACUCCUCUAGCACCUCAUCCAUACAAUAACACUACAAAUCCAACUCCCCUAGCACCUCAUCCAUACAAUAGCACUACAAAUCCGACUCCUCCACAAUUCUAUGGUCAUAACACAUAUAUGAAUACCGCUUCAUCGGUUCAGCCAUCGUUUCAUACCAAUCAAAAUCCCACUCCGCCACCACCACCACCUUCAGUGUCAUCUUCAAAUACCUAUAAUCCUGUUCCCACAUAUCUAGCAGCAGUUCAUCCGCCGCCUGUUCGUCCAAUGUAUCCUACGUCCUCAACUGCUAAUCGUCCGCCUAUUUCACAGCAACCAGCUCAACUCAUUCCACAGCCGUUCAAUCAAAAUGCUCAUCCAUCAUCUCUACCUCCUCCUCCUCCUCCUCCUUCUACUUCGAAUAUGUCCUCUCCCUAUCCAUACCCUCAAUAUAAUCAGAACCUUAAUUCAGCAGCUUCGGGACAUUUCGGACAGCAACCGCCAAUGCCUCACUCAACAAGUGGAAGUACAAUUAAUCCUAUGAGUCAAAUGAAUAAUCUUAAUACUGUUCAAUCUACUGGUGAUGUACUCGAUCUUCUAAAAGAAACAGACGUGAUCAGUCCAUACGCAGAAGAACCACCUAUCUCACCAGUACUUAGCGAAGAAAAUCAACAAAUGAAUUGUAAUCCUGAAGUCAUGCGGUGUAGUUUGAAUGUCAUACCGCAAACAAAAGAAUUAUUGAAUAAAAGUCGUCUUCCGCUAGGCAUUCUCAUCCAUCCGUUUAAAGAUCUCGAAAGUUUAAGUGUUAUCCAAGGUUCUAAAAUUGUUCGUUGUGAUUCGUGUAAAAGUUACAUCAAUCCAUUCAUUACAUUUCUUGAUAACACCCGAUGGCGUUGCAGUAUCUGUUUUCGCGUCAAUGAUUUACCACAAGAAUUUCUCUUUGAUCCCGUCACCAAAACCUAUGGUGAUCCAAGCCGACGGCCAGAAGUUCGAUUCGGUACUGUUGAAUAUACUGCCACAGCUGAUUACAUGGCACGUCCGCCACAGCCCGCAAUGUAUUUGUUCUUGCUCGAUGUAUCACACAAUGCCAUUCAAACAGGUUAUCUUCAAUCCUUCUGUGAUAUACUAUUAGAAAGUUUGAAUACCUUGCCCGGCGAUGCUCGCACGCAAGUCGGAUUCCUAACUUAUGAUAGUCGUCUUCAUUAUUAUGACUUAUCUGAUCGACAAAACGGAACAUUUCGUGUCAUGAUCAUGCCCGAUCUUGAUAGUAAACCGGAAGAUUUUCUUCCGAUGCCGGAUGGUCUGCUAGUAACACUAUGUGAAUGUCGAGCAACUGUUGAAUCGUUUCUCAAUGAAUUACCGAAAAUCUACCAAGAUAAUCAUGAAACAGAUUCAGCUCUAGGCUCAGCAUUGCAAAUUGCAAGCAAAUUACUCGGACAAACAGGUGGUCGUGUAACAGUUAUACAAACGAGAAUACCGAAUUUGAAUCCGGGCGCUUUGAGCGAAUCUGUUGGUAGUGGAAGUCACGCUGUUAAAGAGCCAACGACGAUUGCGCCAACAUCUGAUUAUUAUAAGAAACUUUCACUUGAAUAUGCAUCACUACAAAUCGCGUGUGAUCUGUUUCUUCUCAAUAGUCAUCACAUCGAUCUAGCAACGUUGAGCUGUAUUGCGAAAUAUUCAGGUGGUGAAGUCAAAUACUAUCCAGGUUUUCAUUCGGUACAAAAACCACAUGAAGUCGAGCGAUUUGAAAACGAUCUAAGACGAUAUCUACAAAGAAAAAUUGGCUUCGAAGCUGUCAUGCGUUUACGAUCACCGCCAGCGUUGUCAAUUAAUACGUUUUAUGGAAGUGGUUUUGUUCGUUCCGUUGAUUUACUUGUUUUGCCUAACAUCAAUCCAGAUGCAGCGUUUGGCAUUCAAGUCGCAAUUGAAGACAAACUAGCAAAUUACACAUCGGUCACAUUUCAAGCUGCGCUACUUUACACAUCGAGCAAAAGUGAACGACGUAUUCGAGUGCAUACACUGUCGUUACCUGUCAGUUCGGAUCUAAGAGAGAUCUGUGUCAAUGCUGAUCAAGAGGCGAUUACAUCGUUAGUUGCUAAAAUGGCUGCUGACCGCUCAACCACCUCAUCAAUACAGGAAGCACGUGAAGCAAUGUCCAAUGUGGCUUGUGAUAUUCUAAAAUCUUGUCUAGCAACUAAUUCGUCAAAUCGAGCGUUUUCACUCAUGGUUCCGUAUUCUUUACGACUUAUACCAUUAUACAUGUUGAGUAUGAUCAAAUCGACGGCAUUUCGAGCGGCUAGUGCAUCAAGAAUUGAUGAUCGAGCAUAUUACUUAGACUUAUGCAAAACACUACCUAUACAGUAUUUAAUGCAAAUCUUCUAUCCAGAUCUGUAUCCGAUACAUACAAUUGAAGAUAAGAGUCAAAUUGUUCAAGAUGGCGAAGAUGAAUUGCAUAUUCCUCAACGUGUUCAUUUGUCGUUUCGACACAUUGAUUCACAUGGUGCUUAUAUACUAGAUACAAGUGAAUACAUUUAUAUUUAUAUCGGUAAAGCUAUAAGUGACCAUUUUGUUCAAAAUGUUUUCAAUGUUCCAACAUUUUCUGCAUUACCUUUCGAUUCGUAUUCAUUACCUGAAUUAGAAAAUCCUCUAUCAAUGAAAAUACACAAUUUCCUGUCUUAUCUUAUACAAAGUCGGCCACAUGGUGUCGCAAUACAUAUUAUGAGAGAGGACUCAUCGAACCGACAUUUAUUUACGCGUUAUCUUGUCGAUGAUAAAUCGGAAUCCACCAUGUCUUAUAUCGAAUUUCUACGUUAUAUUCGCGAACAGAUUGUUAAAUGA